GGUUCAGGUCUUCCUGCAGUCCGACCCGUCGCUGACGGAGUUCAGCUCUCAGAUCUGCUUCUACUCUAAGCUGGAGGAGCAGAUUUCGGAGCUCGCGGCGUUUCGCUCGGUGGGCUCGGUGCUGUUCGACACCGAGCAGCUGAAGCUGGCGCUCACUCAGGAGUGCCGUCUCUGGAAACGAGCCUUUGGCGCCGCACUCAACCGCCGUGCGUCCGCCGACAUGGAUGACGUCUUCUCGUUCGUGGACGGGCUGACGAAGCGCCUGCAGCGUCCAAUCACAGACCUGGAGGACGUCCGAGGAGCCAUGGCGGCGCUCAGAGAGAUUCGGGAGGCGGAGGUUCGUAUCGACGCCACCAUCGGCCCCGUGGAGGAGUCCUUCGCUCUGCUCAACAAACACGAGCUGCUCUUCAAUGACAGGAACGCCGAGCGCGUAGACGGUCUGACGUACGCCUGGAGGACCCUUAGCGGCCUG